AAGCAGAUGAACUCAAUUCGCACCCAGCUCAGAGGAAGUGGCCUGUUGGAAGAAUUCCUGAAGGAACACCAUCCUGACACAUUCAGCCGGCGCUAUGUUCAGUGCUUCCCACCAGGCACACCCUCAAUGCAACUGGGCCGCUCCCGGGAAAAAAUCUUCAACUUUAUGGACGCUCAGUUCUAUGGUGAGAUCAGUUUGGGGACUCCAGCACAAAACUUUUCAGUGAUUUUUGACACUGGCUCUGCAGACCUGUGGGUGCCAUCCUCUUACUGUGUCAGCCAGGCCUGUGUUACACACAGACAUUUCAAGGCAUUUGAGUCGACUUCGUUUCAACAUGAUGGCCGAUCAUUUGGGAUUCACUAUGGUUCAGGACAACUGCUUGGGGUCAUGGCAAGAGACACACUUAAAAUUGGAAAUAUGACCAUAGAAAAGCAAGAGUUUGGUGAAUCUGUGUACGAACCUGGCUCUACCUUUGUUUUUGCAAAGUUUGAUGGGGUUUUGGGUCUGGGCUACCCCUCUUUGGCAGAGGUUUUAGGAAAACCAGUGUUUGACAACAUUAUAGCUCAGAAGAAAGUUGACCAGGCAGUCUUUUCUUUCUACCUCAGAAGGAGGGCAGAUGGUGCCACCUCUGGAGGUGAACUCCUCAUUGGAGGAACAGACAAAGAGUUCUAUACUGGAGAAAUCCACUGGACCCCUGUGACGGCUCAGAGCUACUGGCAGAUCAAGAUCGACAGUAUUGCUGUGCAGGGCACAAACUCUGUAUGUCAAAAAGGAUGUCAAGCCAUAGUUGACACAGGAACCUCUCUGAUUGGUGGACCACCCAGUGAAAUCCUCACUCUACAAGAGCUCAUUGGAGCAACACCAAGCAGCAUUGGAGAGUUUGUCUUGGACUGUACAAGAUUGCCCAAUUUGCCUCAUAUUACUUUUGUGCUGGGUGGCAAAGAAUACACAAUGACUCCUCAGAGAUAUGUCAGAAAGGUUCAUAACAUUUGUAUUUUAAUCCUCUUUUAUAGCUUCCAAAGCAUAUUUAGAAAUAUAAGUUGUAAGGCACUGCUUACAGGUUACUGUAUCUCUGAUUAAAUGAAUCAAAAUUUC